AGUUGUACUCAAUCCCUUCCGGGUGUCUGUGAGACACGUGGGGGAUAGACGUGCUCGUACAUUCAGAGGAUCGCUGAUGGUCUGGGGUUAAACUGAGCUAUUUUAAAGACGAUAUAGAUAUAGUCUUAGAAUUGCGGAAAUGGCUCAGAAAAAACGUAAGGGACAGCGAUCUCGGAAAUGCUGUCAAAACCAAGAGAGCGACGAAAGCGACACAGUGGGAUUUCGUGUCAAAGCUGCACCCCAAAAGGAGGAUGGAGUAAAACUUCCAGCAUUUCCCACUGCAGAUGCAACUUCAGAUACAGAACUGGACACCAGAGAAAUGGUGCGAGCACAGAAUAAGAAGAAAAAGAAAUCUGGCGGGUUUCAGUCCAUGGGUCUUAGUUACCCAGUCUUUAAAGGAGUGAUGAAGAAAGGUUACAAGGUUCCUACUCCCAUUCAGAGAAAGGUGAUUCCAGUCAUUCUUGAUGGCAAGGAUGUGGUAGCAAUGGCUAGAACGGGCAGUGGAAAGACUGCCUGUUUCCUUAUCCCUAUGUUUGAGAAGUUAAAGGCUCACAGUGCCCAAACAGGAGUUCGUGGGCUUAUCCUUUCACCAACUAGAGAGCUGGCCUUGCAGACUCUGAAAUUCACAAAGGAGCUUGGUAAAUUCACUGGUCUGAAGACUGCUCUGAUUUUAGGUGGUGACAAAAUGGAAGAUCAGUUUGCUGCUCUGCAUGAAAAUCCAGAUAUAAUUAUUGCCACUCCUGGUCGACUGAUGCAUGUGGCAAUUGAGAUGAACCUGAAACUUCGCACUGUGGAAUAUGUGGUGUUUGACGAAGCUGACAGACUCUUUGAGAUGGGAUUUGCAGAGCAGCUGCAAGAGAUAAUCUCUCGACUACCAGAGACACGCCAGACACUCCUUUUUUCCGCCACUCUGCCCAAGAUGCUUCUAGAGUUUGCCCGAGCUGGCCUUACUGAGCCUGUCUUAAUACGUUUGGAUGUUGAUACAAAGCUGAGUGACCAGCUGAAGUUGUCCUUCUUCAAUGUGCGAGUAGAGGACAAACCUGCUGUGCUUCUGCAUCUCCUGCGCUGUGUUGUAAAGCCUCAAGAACAAACAGUCAUUUUUGUUGCCACUAAGCACCAUGCAGAAUACCUGAGAGAGUUGCUGGACAUGCAGGGAAUUCCAUGCUCUCACAUAUACAGUGCUCUGGAUCAGACAGCCAGGAAGAUAAACCUGGGCCUUUUUUUGCAUGGGAAGGUGCGUGCACUGCUUGUCACAGAUGUGGCUGCUCGAGGUAUUGACAUACCAAUGUUAGACAACGUCAUAAACUACAACUUCCCUCCGAAAGCCAAGCUUUUCCUGCAUCGUGUUGGGCGUGUGGCAAGAGCAGGGCGAAGUGGGACUGCUUACUCUCUUAUUGCUCCUGAUGAAAUUCCCUAUGUGUAUGAUCUCCAUCUCUUUCUUGGGCGGCCGCUUAAACUGGCAACAGCACAAAUGAUGGAGACAGGAGCAGACACAGAUGGGGUACUGGGGCGAGUACCACAGAGUCUGAUUGAUGAUGAAGAUGCCUUGCUUAUUACGGAUCGUGAGCGAUCGCUGGAGCUGCAGAACUUGCACAACGUGGCAGAGAAUGCCUACAAACAGUACAUUAAAUCCAGGCCAACUCCCUCUCCCGAGUCCAUCAAACGAGUCAAGGAUGCUAACUAUAACCUGUUGGGGGUUCACCCACUCUUUUGGUCUCAGCUUGGUGAAGAAGAGAUGCAGAGGCUGAAGUUUGUGGAUGGCAUCAAAUCUUACAAAUCUAAAGCAACCAUAUUUGAAAUUAACGCUACUAAUAAAACCAAUGCAAGUGAAGUUAUGCGAGCCAAGAGAAGUCAUGAUGGGAAGGUCAUCGCUAAGUUCCAGCGCCUGCAGGAGGAGAAAAGUGCAACAGUGCAGACUUUGACCAGUGGCAUCUCCAGCCUUAGCUGCAAACAAGAGAGUGAUGAGGAGAACAUGGAGGGAGUAUUUUCGCAAGUGCUUGGAAAAAGGAAAAUUACUGACAAAGAUGAAGCUGAAGGCAACAAGAAAAGGAAAGCAGGAACUUCUCAUGACACUGACUAUUACAUCCCAUACAGACCAAAGGAUUUUGAGAGUGAGAGGGGGCUCAGCAUUGGGGCCAGCAGCUUUGAGCAGGCAGCUGCAGGGGCUGUGUUGGACCUAUUGGGAGACCAGACGGAAGAUCUCAGGAAGAACAAACAAGUCAUGAAGUGGGAUAGAAAGAAAAAAAAGUUUGUGGGAACAGGUGGACCAGAAGAUAAAAAGAAAAUUAAGACUGAGAGUGGACGACUCAUUAGUAGCUCCUAUAAAAAAAACCUAUAUGAAGGCUGGAAGAAGAAAUACAAGAUUGAUGACCAAGAUUCUGAGGAAGAGGACGAGGAAAGAGAUCAGAGGGCAGCUGCGGGGCGCAGGAAAGGGCGAGGUGGGCGUGGCCCCCAAAGAAGCUCUCAUUCAAGUUUAGGGCCACAGGGGAAAGCCAAAUCAGAGCUGCGUAGCAAACAGCAAAUCCUCAAGACGAGAAAGGCACAAGCUAAACAGAACUUCUUGCAAAAAGGCGGUUUGAAGAAGAUGAAAAACAAGACAAGACACCUAGCCAAUCAUAUGAAGAAAUCUGCUUUUGGAAGAGGGAAAAGCCAAGGUUUCAAGAAAGGAAAAUCAAGAAAAUAAGCCACGUGACUGAGGGCUAUGGAAACAGACUGCUACAAAUUGCUAACAACCUCCUCCUUUCCUGUUUGAUUUUGUUCAUAAAGCCUCGACUUUAGACAGGAAGGCAGUGGGUGUAUAUUUUGUGUGAGUCACUCUUUCCCUAAUAGGGAAUUGGCUGACAGAUGAGGCUGCUUCUUGCAUCAUAAGUUCCUACAAAAUUCCUAAAAGUCACAUUUUAGCAAUCCUAAACAUUACCCAAUUUAAUAUCCCCUGGAGAAGACAUUUAAAACCUCCAAAUCUUGUUGAAGGACAUGUUGCUAUCCUUUUUUUUUUUUUUUUUUUUUAGAAAACCAAUAUUUUAUAUGGUGUAGGAACAUGUUAUUCUUACUUUAUUAUAACUGGCAUGUGGCAAUUUCAGCUUUAAAUCAAGGAACUCAAUGAAACUCUUUAAUACAGCAAAACCAGACCGUCUAAACUGCAAUGUUACUUGUAACAGCCAAGAUUCUAAUACUGAUAUGAAAACAAGAAGAUGCCUCCAUGAGGCUUUGUUUUUCCAAAUAUUCAGCAAGACUGAUACUUCAAAAAAAAAAAAAAAAAAAUAGGACAACACAUUAAAUAUGCCUAAAGCACC